UGACGCUCAGGGUGCGGGUGGCGCUAGCUCCGCCGCUGUCCGCACGCGGUGUACCUGCUAAUAGUUCAGUCAGCAGCUCGAAGACAAUUGAGUCGUUCCUGGGACGAAGGUGCAUGUUUCCCUCUCCGCCUUUGCUGUUUGGUCCUAGUUACUCGCUUUUCAGCUGGAGAGGGAAGACUUGUAUAAUUUCUUUGAUAUUGAACCUGAAUAUUUUAGAGGCGCGGCGGCAUCUCCGGAUUCAGGAAUGCAUUUUUUUUAAACGACACCUGCGUCUGAAUAUAAGUAACAAAGACAACAACACAGUGUCGCCAUGGACGGUUCACACCGUUUGCAUCUUCCAGCAAACUGUUGGCCGCAUUUCGGGCCUGAUGAAAAUAGUCCUGUUGGGACAGCCCCGUCCCAGGUGGCCGUGAAAAAGCAAGCCGUGAAGAGGCACCAUCAUAAACACAACCUGAAACACAGGUACGAGUUUCUGGAGACUCUGGGAAAAGGGACCUACGGCAAAGUGAAAAAAGCCAAGGAAAGAUCAGGCAGACUGGUUGCUGUAAAGUCAAUCAGAAAAGAGAAGAUCAAGGAUGAGCAAGAUCUGGUGCAUAUUCGCAGAGAAAUAGAAAUCAUGUCCUCGCUGUGUCAUCCACACAUUAUCACCAUAUACGAAGUAUUUGAGAACAAGGACAAAAUUGUGAUAGUAAUGGAAUAUGCCAGCCGGGGAGACCUGUACGACUACAUCUGUGACAAGAGGAACAUCGCUGAAUGGGAGGCCAGACACUUCUUCAGGCAAAUCGUAUCUGCUGUGCACUACUGCCAUCAGAAUGGAAUAGUACACAGGGACCUGAAACUGGAGAAUAUUUUACUAGAUGCCAACGGCAACGUGAAGAUAGCAGACUUUGGGUUGUCAAACGUCUACCAUGGCGAUGCAUUUCUUCAGACUUUUUGUGGCAGCCCUUUGUAUGCUUCCCCAGAGAUCGUCAAUGGACGGCCAUACCAUGGGCCAGAGGUGGACACCUGGUCCCUUGGUGUACUGUUGUACACGCUAGUUCAUGGUACCAUGCCAUUUGAUGGUCACAACCACAAAACUUUGGUCCAGCAGAUCAGCACUGGAAACUACCGGAAACCCACUAACCCUUCUGAUGCUUGUGGACUCAUCCGCUGGAUGCUGAUGGUAAAUCCUGAGCGCAGAGCUACAAUAGAGGAGAUCGCUGGACACUGGUGGCUCAACUGGGGCUACCAGCAGCCAUUACUGUGUGAGAAAAAGAGCAGUGUAGUAGAACAGACCUCUUUGCCAGCAGCUACAUCACAUUCAACGGGGCUGGCUAGUGUUGCUAGCUGGCUGCGCCGUACAUCUAGGCCUCUGCUGGAAAAUGGCUCCAAAAUGCGCUGCUUGCUCCGCCCACAGGCUGGUGGAGGCGACGUAGUCAGACAACGCUCCCUGCGAAGAUCGCGUAAAGAAAAUAAUGUCUCCCAGACAGUUUAUGAAGGAAGCACAGACUCUCGGCCUUUCAAGGGUAUUCUAAAGCGACGCAACAGCCUGAAACAGAAGGCAGUGGGCGACAUUCCUGCUGCAGGGUCGGUGGAUCCGCAGAACAUUUUGGGUUUGUCUGCUCCAGCUAACCCCGCUCCAUCUGCAUUGCCACCUCGUAAAGGGAUCCUAAAGAAGCCUGCAGAGCAAGAAUCAGGGUAUUACUCCUCUUCUCCUGAAAACAGUGACUCUGGGUGGAUAGCACCACCUAAAGAGUGCCCUUCAGCACCAACCUGCAGGAAGGGCAUUCUCAAGCGUAAUGGAAAGUUUUCUUCAAGUGGGCUACAAGAGUUUGGCUCUCUGGACCAAUUGGCAGCUUCUUUACCCCGAGGGAGCACCAGGUCUAGACCAAGCGGGGCCAUCAGUGAGGACAGCAUUCUGUCUUCUGAGUCCUUUGAUCAGCUCGAUCUUCCAGACCACGUGAGGCCUCCAAUACAAAUAGAAAAACCAGCCAAGGCAAGUAUGAGAGGCAGCGUUUCUGCAGACAACCUGCUGGACAUCAUUGAAGAUGGUAUUCUGGCAGAGGGGAUGCUGAGGCCGUGGGACUGUUAUGAGACCGGGGUGGCUGACAGUGCCUUUUCUAUCACUGACUGUGACAAUGUCACAGAAGACUACAAACAGGCCAUGGUUAUACGGGGCUCUGCAGUGAGCUGAAGGCCA